AUGGCUCCCCGCGGCAGGCGGCGGUCGCCCAUCUCGCUCGUAUCCGGACUGUCGAGCAGUCCGAUGCUCACGCUUUUCGUCUUCCCAUGCCUUCUGUUCCUUAUCAGCUUCACAAGUCCGGUCGCUGCCGCUGGAUCGGGCGUCAUCGGCAUUGAUGUCGGCACGGAAUAUAUCAAAGCAGCGCUCGUCAAGCCGGGCAUCCCUCUCGAGAUCAUCUUGACCAAGGAUUCGAAACGCAAGGAAUCGGCCGCAGUGGCGUUCAAGCCUACUCGGGAAAAUGACGCGGUGUUCCCAGAGCGGUUUUAUGGCGGUGAUGCCCUUGCACUUGCCGCAAGAUACCCGGACGAGGUGUACGCGAAUCUGAAGUCGUUGCUGGGCGUUCCGUUUGAAGGGGAGGAAAGCAUCGUCCAAACAUAUCACGAUCGCUAUCCAGCGCUGAGGUUGGAAAGCGCUCCUGGUGAGCGCGGCACGGUUAGCAUUCGGAGCUCGAAGCUUGGUCAAGAGGAGGGAAAAGAACCGUUCUUGAUCGAGGAGAUUCUGGCGAUGCAGUUGAAGCAGAUCAAGGCCAAUGCGGAUUCUCUGGCGGGCAAGGGAUCGGAUAUUCGGGAUGUCGUCAUCACGUACCCUGCGUUCUAUACCGCGGAGGAAAAGAGAAGUCUCGAAUUCGCGGCUGAGCUGGCAGGCUUGAACGUCGAUGCGCUUAUCAGCGAUGGCUUGGCUGUUGGCCUGAAUUAUGCUACCAGCCGUACCUUCCCUAGUGUCUCUGACGGACAGAAACCGGAAUAUCACGUUGUCUAUGAUAUGGGCGCCGGCUCUACCACGGCCUCCGUCCUUCGUUUCCAAGCCCGGUCCGUGAAAGACGUCGGUCGUUUCAACAAGACGAUCCAGGAAAUUCAGGUGAUGGGAACCGGUUGGGACAGGACGCUUGGUGGUGAUGCUCUAAAUGACCUCAUUCUAAACGACAUGAUCGAGACUCUGGCUGGGAAUCCCAAGCUGAAGGAUCGUGCGUCCACCUCCGAUAUCAGGUCGCAUGGAAAGACAGUGGCUCGUCUUUGGAAAGAUGCGGAGAAGAUCAGGCAGAUCCUAAGCGCAAACACCGAAACAGGCACGACGCUUGAAAGUCUCUAUGAGGAGGAUUUGAACUUCAAGUACAAGAUCGCUCGCUCCCGGUUCGAGCAACUGGCCAAGGACUAUACGGACAGAGUGGGCACACCACUUGAGCAAGCGCUGGCAGUAGCAGGUCUGGAUCUGAACGAUAUCGACUCGAUCAUUUUGCAUGGUGGAGCCAGCCGGACCCCAUUCGUCCAGAAAGAGCUGGAGCGGUUCUGCGGUUCUUCUAACAAAAUCAGGACCAAUGUCAACGCUGAUGAAGCCGCUGCCUUUGGCGCGACCUUCAAGGGUGCUGCUCUCAGUCCCAGCUUCCGAGUUAAAGACAUCCGGGCUAGUGACGCCGCUACGUACGCCAUCUCGCUCCAGUGGAAGACUGAAACCAAGGAGAGGCAGCAGAAGCUCUUCACCCCGACGUCUUCUGUCGGUCCUGAAAAACAAGUCACUCUGAAGAAUCUGGAUGACUUCGAGUUUAGCUUCUACCAGCAGGUCGGCAACGGCGAGGCCUUAACCGAUUUGCCAAUCCUGGGCGUACAGACAACCAAUCUCACUGCGUCUGUGACGAAGUUGAAGGAGGAAUUCGGAUGCACAGAGGCCAAUAUUACCACCAAGUUCUCUGUCCGCCUCAACCCCAUCGACGGACUCCCAGAGGUUCUGAGCGGGUCCGUCAGCUGCGAAGUUGAGGCCCAGAAGAAGGGCAGCGUUGUGGACGAUGUGAAGGGAUUCUUCGGGCUGGGCUCCAAGAAGGAAGAGGAAGCGCCUCUCGAAGAGGAUGGCGAGCCGACCGAGUCCAUUACCCUCGAGGCGGAGGAUCCCCAGACCUCCACUUCGACUUCGGCCGAGUCAACCUCGACUGUCUCUGUCAAGGAGGCCAAGAAAGCGGCGCCCCAGACUCAAAUCGAAGCCAUUCCCAUCAAGUUUACCACGUCGGCCUUGGGAACGCCUGCCCCGUCUGCGGCCGAGCUUGGUCGUAUCAAAGCACGCCUGGUCGCCUUUGAUGAUUCGGACCGUGAGCGUGUCCUGCGCGAAGUGGCACUUAACGAGCUUGAGUCCUUCAUUUACCGGAGCCGUGACCUAGUGGAAGAUGAAAGCUUCGCCCAGUUCGUCAAGGCUGACCAGCUGGCCCUGCUGAACGAGCGCGUCGCCGCUGCAAGUGAAUGGCUGUACGACGAUGGCGAUAACGCCAAGACUCCUGCGUUCCAGGAGAAGCUCAAGUCUCUGCAAGAUAUUGUUAGUCCCGCUCUGAAGAGACGAGAAGAGAGUUCGUCGCGGCCUGCUCGCGUCAAGCUGCUGCAGGACACAUUGAAAAGUGCCAAGUCAUUCGUCGACCUCCUCGAGACGCAGAUUCAGAACGAUGAGGAGCUUUUCUCCUCGUCACUUUCCUCGACCACUGCGACCGAGUCAGACAGCUCGUCCACCGCAGCAUCUGCCAGUGAGUCUGCGACAUCUGCCACAGCCGAUCCGUUCGAGGAGCUCGACGACGAUCCUUAUUCGACCUCCACCACCUCGACGCCGACAGCCACACCUUCCGCCAAGCCGUCUGCACCCAAGUACUCGGUUUUCCAGCCGGCAGAUCUAGCCAGCCUGUCCAAGACCUACAAUUCGAUCAACGGCUGGUUCGAGGCACAACUAGCCGUGCAGGAGACUCUCACCGACUCCGACGACCCGGCUCUAACUGUGUCGGAGGUGAACGUGCGCCUCCGCGAGCUGGAGCGCACUCUAAACCGCGUCUACGAGAAGAUGGGUGCUGCGGCAGCCCGGUCGGGCAAGGGAUCCGGAUCAUCCAAGGAGGAGCGGCCCAAGAAGAAGAGCGACAAGAAGGCGGACAAGGAGAAGAAGGAGAAGGAGAAGACCUCGUCCGUCAAAGAUGAACUGUAA